AUGAGCGUCAAGAGAUUCCUCCGUUUUGUUGAUCAGAGCGGGACGAUUCAAUAUGGCGAGCCAACAGCGUCAGAUAUCAAAGGAAAUUUAGAAGGGAAGUCUGUUGAAGUUUUAUCGGGAGAUCCAUAUCGUGGAUUGAGCAAGACUGGAAAGCAGGCUACGAUCAAGCAGCUCCUCGCUCCAGUAGAAUCAACACCAAUAUUCGAAUGCAUCGGUCUGAAUUACGGUCAACACGCCAAAGAAUGUAAUCUCACCGUCCCCACAUACCCCAUGGUCUUCACCAAACCCCCCGACGCCCUCGCCGCCCCCUACGAACCCAUCCCUAUCCACCCCUCCGCCCAAUCCCAACUCGACUACGAAGGCGAACUCACCAUCCUCAUCUCCCGCACCGGGAAAAACAUCCCCGAAUCCUCCGCCCUCGACCACGUCCUCGGCUACACAGUCGGGAACGACAUCUCCGCGCGGAACUUCCAAGCCCCCGCCUCAGUGUCAGGCAACCAAUUCGGGUAUGCCAAAUCCUUCGACAAAUUCGCGCCGAUCGGUCCAUGUGUCUUGCUGGCUGAUGGAGGAAUCGAUCCGCAGGAUUUGUAUUAUGAGACGAGGGUUAAUGGGGUGGUGAGGCAGAGGACGAGGACGGAUGAUAUGAUUUGGAGUGUGAGGAAGAUUAUUGCGCAUUUAAGUAGGGGGACGACGUUGAGGAGGGGGACGCUGAUUAUGACGGGGACGCCGAGUGGGGUGGGGCUGUUUAUGGAGCCGAAGGGGUUUUUGGAGGAUGGGGAUGUGGUGGAGGUUGAGAUGGAGGGGGUGGGGGCGUUGAGGAAUAAGAUUGUUUUUGAAAAGUGAGGUGGAGGAGGGUGGUGGAUGGGGUCGCCAAGGUGGUCUGAGUUGUGAAGAGGACGUUUGGUGACAAAUAAAAGUCUUAGAACUUAGGUGUCAAGUGUCCGGAAUUCCCUUUUUGAGACUCGUGUGCUUUGUUUUGUCGCCCUCGACUUAAGCGAAGACUUUGAAAUUUGGAUUUUGAUCCUGCGAGCCACCAUAGGUGUCA